CCGCCGCCGAUGCUGUAGCGCCGCCCGAGAGCCAUACUAAAACGCUGGGGUUGUUGGAGUGGUUGAAUUUUUCCUGGAUUUGAGUGAGAAAUUCAGAAGACUGAAGCCCAGGCUCACUGUCUACCUUUCACGGAGGCCCAGCCGUGAGAGGACAGAAGAAGGCACGUGGCGAAUCAUGACAGCAGACAAAGAGAAAGACAAAGACAAGGAGAAGGAUAGGGACAGGGACCGGGACAAGGAGCGAGACAAGAGAGACAAAGCGAGGGAGAGCGAAAACUCGCGCCCUCGGCGGAGCUGUACCUUGGAAGGCGGCGCCAAGAACUACGCGGAGAGUGACCACAGCGAAGAUGAGGACAAUGACAACAACAGCGCCACCACGGAGGAGUCCACCAAAAAGAACAAAAAGAAACCGCCCAAGAAGAAGUCCCGAUACGAGAGAACGGACAAUGGAGAAAUAACGUCCUUCAUCACGGAAGAUGACGUUGUGUACAGGCCUGGAGAUUGCGUAUAUAUUGAAAGUCGCCGGCCGAAUACCCCAUAUUUCAUCUGCAGCAUUCAAGACUUCAAACUGAGCAAGCGGGACCAUCUCCUCAUGAACGUCAAGUGGUACUAUCGCCAGUCCGAGGUCCCGGAUUCGGUCUAUCAGCACCUGGUGCAGGACAGGCACAACGAGAACGACUCUGGACGAGAGCUCGUGAUCACGGACCCGGUCAUCAAGAACCGCGAGCUCUUCAUUUCAGACUAUGUCGAUACCUACCACGCUGCUGCCCUCAGAGGGAAGUGUAAUAUCUCCCAUUUCUCUGACAUAUUUGCUGCUAGAGAGUUUAAAGCCCGAGUGGAUUCAUUUUUCUACAUCCUGGGCUAUAAUCCAGAGACAAGGAGGUUAAACAGUACCCAAGGUGAAAUCAGAGUUGGACCCAGUCAUCAGGCUAAACUGCCCGAUCUGCAGCCGUUCCCUUCCCCGGACGGAGACACUGUGACGCAGCAUGAGGAGCUUGUGUGGAUGCCAGGAGUCAACGACUGUGACUUGCUCAUGUACCUCAGGGCAGCCAGGAGCAUGGCAGCUUUUGCAGGCAUGUGUGAUGGAGGGUCCACAGAAGAUGGUUGUGUUGCAGCCUCCCGUGAUGACACUACACUUAAUGCACUCAAUACACUACAUGAAAGUAACUACGAUGCUGGAAAGGCCCUGCAGCGGCUGGUGAAGAAACCUGUGCCCAAGCUGAUUGAGAAGUGUUGGACUGAAGAUGAAGUGAAACGCUUCAUUAAGGGACUGAGGCAGUACGGCAAGAACUUCUUCAGGAUCCGAAAGGAGUUGCUGCCCAACAAGGAGACCGGAGAACUAAUCACCUUCUAUUACUACUGGAAGAAAACCCCUGAAGCAGCAAGUUCUCGCGCCCACCGGAGGCAUCGAAGACAGGCUGUGUUUCGGAGAAUUAAAACUCGAACUGCUUCCACUCCAGUCAACACUCCCUCCAGGCCCCCCUCCAGUGAAUUCUUGGACUUGAGCUCAGCCAGUGAAGAUGACUUUGACAGCGAGGACAGCGAACAGGAGCUGAAGGGCUACGCCUGUCGUCACUGCUUCACAACCACCUCCAAAGACUGGCACCACGGUGGUCGAGAGAACAUCUUACUCUGCACUGACUGUCGCAUCCACUUCAAGAAAUACGGAGAGCUGCCACCCAUCGAGAAGCCUGUGGACCCCCCCCCCUUUAUGUUUAAGCCUGUCAAAGAGGAAGAUGAUGGACUCAGUGGAAAGCAUAGCAUGAGGACAAGGCGGAGUCGAGGCUCGAUGUCUACACUACGUAGUGGUCGUAAGAAGCAGCCAGCCAGCCCUGAUGGUAGAGCCUCCCCCAUCAACGAAGACAUCCGCUCCAGCGGCCGCAACUCCCCCAGCGCUGCCAGCACCUCCAGCAAUGACAGCAAAGCAGACUCGGUGAAGAAGUCCACCAAGAAGAUAAAGGAAGAGGUAUCUUCUCCCCUCAAGAACUCCAAGAGGCAGCGGGAAAAGGCAGCUUCUGACACAGAAGAACCUGACAGGUCCAAUGCCAAAAAAUCCAAAACUCAAGAGAUCAGCCGGCCCAACUCUCCCUCCGAGGGCGAGGGCGAAGGCGAGAGCUCCGACAGCCGCAGCGUCAACGACGAAGGCAGCAGUGACCCCAAGGACAUCGACCAGGACAACCGGAGCACCUCGCCCAGCAUCCCCAGCCCGCAGGACAAUGAGAGCGACUCGGAUUCCUCGGCGCAGCAGCAGGUGCUGCAGGCGCAGCCCCCAGUGCUGGCAGCGCAGGGCGGCUCCGCGCAGCCGCUGCCGCCUCCCGCACCACCCGUGCCGGCCGCAGUACCGGGCGCUGCCGCAGCACCCGCGCAGCUCUCGCCACCCGCCGCGCAGCCACCCGGCCAGCCCGCAGUGCCCCCCCACAUGCACAUGCAGCAGGCGCCCACCGUGCACCCGCCACGCCUCCCCUCGCCCCACGCACCCCUGCAGCCCCUGAGCGCCUCGCAGGGCCCGGCGGGCCCGGCCUCCACGCAGCCUCACGCGCAGCCCGUGCUGCACGGCGCGGCGCAACCCACCCCGCAUGGCCUGCAGGCGCAGCCCCUCCUGGCCCACCCCGUGCCCCCGCAGCCCUUCUCCCUCCCCGCACAGUCCCCUCAGGCUCAGGUUCCCCUGCAGACGCAGGCGCCGUCUCACUCCCACCCGGCGCUGCAGGCGCAGGUAGCGCAGCCCACGCUGCCGGCACCAGCCCCGCUGCAGCCGCCGCCGCAGCCGCCCCGCGAGCAGCCGCUGCCACCCGCGCCUAUGGCCAUGCCCCACAUCAAGCCUCCCCCCACCACUCCCAUCCCGCAGCUGCCCGCCGCUGCGCCCCACAAGCACCCUCCGCACCUCUCGGGCCCUUCCCCGUUCUCCAUGAACUCCAACCUGCCACCGCCGCCCGCGCUCAAACCGCUCAGCUCGCUCUCCACGCACCACCCGCCAUCCGCGCACCCUCCGCCGCUGCAGCUCAUGCCGCAGAGCCAGCCGCUGCAGCCGUCGCCAGCGCAGCCGCCCGUGCUCACGCAGAGCCAGAGCCUCCCGCCGCCGGGCACCCACCCGCCGUCGGGCCUCCACGCCGUGUCCUCGCAGCCCCCCUUCGCUCAGCACCCCUUUGUGCCCGGGGGGCCGCCUCCCAUCACGCCUCCCUCCUGCCCUGCCACGUCCACGCCGCCCGCCGGGCCCGGCGUCCCGCUGCCAACCGCCAUCUCCACGGCCGCCGCCCCCAGCGGCAACGUGCCCGUGGUGACGUCCUGCGCGCUGCCCCCCAUCCAAAUCAAAGAAGAGGUCCCCGACGAGGCGGAGGAACCGGAGAGCCCUCCUCCUCCACCCAGGAGUCCGUCGCCAGAACCCACCGUGGUGGAUACCCCGAGCCACGCGAGUCAGUCAGCCAGGUUCUACAAGCACCUAGACCGUGGCUACAAUUCGUGCUCAAGAGCAGACUUGUACUUCAUGCCUCUAGCAGGAUCCAAACUGGCCAAGAAGCGAGAAGAGGCCAUUGAAAAGGCCAAGAGGGAGGCAGAGCAGAAAGCCAGAGAAGAGAGGGAAAGAGAGAAAGAAAAAGAGAAGGAAAGAGAGAGAGAGCGGGAGCGUGAAAGAGAAGCAGAAAGAGCUGCGCAGAAGGUAUCCAGCUCCUCCCACGAAGGCCGUCUUGGGGAGUCCCAGCUCAGCGGGCCAGCACAUAUGAGGCCAUCGUUUGAACCUCCACCCACGACCAUAGCUGCCGUGCCACCUUACAUCGGCCCUGACACCCCCGCGUUACGAACACUGAGCGAAUACGCCCGUCCUCACGUCAUGUCACCCACAAACCGAAACCAUCCCUUCUUUGUCCCCCUGAACCCCACCGAUCCGCUCCUGGCCUACCACAUGCCUGGCCUCUACAACGUGGACCCCACCAUCCGGGAGCGAGAGCUCCGCGAGCGGGAGAUCCGGGAGCGAGAAAUCCGGGAGAGGGAGUUGAGAGAGAGGAUGAAACCCGGCUUUGAGGUGAAGCCCCCGGAGCUCGAUGCACUGCACCCGGCUACGAACCCCAUGGAGCAUUUUGCCCGGCACGGUGCACUGACUAUUCCCCCAACAGCAGGACCUCAUCCGUUUGCUUCCUUCCACCCGGGUUUGAAUCCCCUCGAAAGAGAGAGACUUGCACUGGCAGGCCCGCAGCUCCGGCCUGAAAUGAGCUACCCGGACAGACUGGCAGCCGAGAGGAUCCACGCGGAGCGGAUGGCGUCGCUGACCAACGACCCCUUGGCGCGGCUCCAGAUGUUCAACGUCACGCCUCACCACCACCAGCACUCACACAUCCAUUCACAUUUACACCUACAUCAGCAGGAUCCUUUGCAUCAAGGUUCAGCAGGACCUGUUCACCCGCUGGUGGAUCCGUUAGCAGCCGGGCCCCAUUUGGCACGUUUUCCCUACCCACCUGGGACCAUCCCCAACCCAUUGCUAGGGCAGCCGCCUCAUGAGCAUGAAAUGCUCCGGCAUCCAGUCUUUGGUACCCCUUACCCUCGAGAUCUGCCCGGUGCCAUCCCGCCUCCCAUGUCCGCCGCCCACCAACUGCAGGCCAUGCACGCGCAGUCAGCAGAGCUGCAGAGACUGGCAAUGGAGCAGCAGUGGUUGCACGGGCAUCCUCACAUGCACGGCAGCCAUCUACCAAGUCAGGAAGAUUAUUACAGUCGACUGAAGAAAGAAGGCGACAAACAGUUGUAAUAAAUUAUUUAUUUGUAACGCUGGCUACGGAAACCCCGGUCCUUGGGAAGGAAUGGAACGUUUUUACAUACAAUAAGAGCUGCAAAAAGAAAAGAAUAUCUUAUAAAGAUUUCUUUAUAUAUUUAAAACAGAAACCACCACCCAACAAGUAGAGACUUAUCAGCCUAGUGUUCGUUUGUAGAGAAGAUUUCUCAAGACUGGUGUGGGUCUCCCUGCAUGACAACAUAUUCAGAAGCCUAUUGAAAAUACAGGACUGUGUGGAAUAUUUGGAGAACUUCCUGCAAUCUUGUUUUUUUUUUAAUUAUUAUUAUUAUUAUUACUACUUUGUUUUGAGUAGGUGCUAGAAUCAGGUUCACAAUACGAGUCACUGUGCGUGAAGAGACACUCAAUGCAUCUAUAGCUAUUUAAAAAAAAAAAGCAAAGAUUGCAAGUAGGUGACAUAACAAGCUCUGAAUCCAAGUGCUAUAAUAAUAAAAAUCUACUUUUAUUUUAAUACAUUGUAGGAAAUCUUCAUAAUUUUAAAGAAAGCUCAGUUCUGCAGCAUGGCUUUUUAAGUCUGUAAAUAACUUUUUGGGUAGAGGGGGAGAAACAAAACAAAAUUCCAGAAACCUUUAUCUUGAUUUUCAGUAACAUCAAUUGUGAAUUCCUACCUGGUGUUGACAAAAUACAGAGUUGAUUUUUUAAUAAAAAAUAUAUAUAAUAAUCCCUUUAAUUAAAGGGAACGAUGGGUGUCAGUAAUUUCAAAUGGGUAAAAGCUUGAAAUUUGGUUUGGUAUCAACAAUAAGCAUUAAAGGGAGUUGCAGGGAUAAUGUUGCAAAUGACUGUUUCUGUUCCUUGUUUUUGGUUUUAGUUUGCUCUGUUUGUUUUGUUUUUUGUAAUGUUACAUCCUCUCUCUCUGUUCUGCAGGUGAUUUUUGUUGAGUUGGGUUUCUCAGCAGUACAGAUCUCCGUAGGACUCGCUUACCAUUUUGAAGCCUACUUUAAGGGUUAAUCUUCAAUGUGGCUGUAAUAUACUUCUUUCCAUUACCUUUGCAAACUUAAUUAACUAUCCUGGUUUUAGACUGUCCCUUAUGGAAUCAGUAAAUAUCAGCAAAAGUUCAAAGAAGGAAUCUUUUAAAAUGCUUUAAAAAAAGAUGUUCCAUGGCUCAAACUAGUACAGCCAAAAUUUUGUAUACAUGUGCAUAUUUUUGAAGAAUUUGCUCUUCCUGGCCUUUUGUGUUUGAUUCCUUUUUAUUGAAAGUGGACUAGGCAGCUGGUGGAGUGUUUUCCAAGUUGCUUUGCAAAGCUCAGUCUCUCUAUUUGGCUUCUUCAGUUUCACUUGACACAAGCAGAAGCUUUUUAGCUGCUCUGUAUCGCAGCUGUUCCAUAUCUCAGGAACUUAACAGCUUUGAGAUUCAUCAGAUACCUGGCUGGUAACGUUUACCACCUCCCAGAACGACAGGUCCAUGCGGAGUGACUCCUGCUGGCUCCAUCCCCACCUGGAUGGCACAAGGAGACGCAUACACACAAGGCCAGUGGGCAUCAUUCUUGCAGACAGCUCUGCUAACUAUCUGCACGGAUCUUUUUUUGUUGUUUUGCCCUGUUUCUGAUGGAUUUUUGUUCUUGUUUUGCCGUGUUUCUUACCAGAGCAGAGGGCAACACAGCAACCAGACAUCUGCAUCUGCUGGCCGCGUUAUCUCCCGGUGCACCACUUCCCCCCCGUUAUCUCCCUUAGCUGCCGAGGGCUCCGUCUCUGCUGUUGUGGACUGUUCAAUGUGGUGCUCGUGUCAUAGGACUGGCCUGAGCCGCGCGUGCUAAACUUGUAGUUAAUCCUUCGUUCCAUCCGCAGCCGGGGCGGGACGGCCGCUGCGUGGGGCUCACGACAGCGCCGGCCUCCUCACGCCCAAAGGUUGGGCCGUUAAUAACACCAGUUAAUGAAUUAAAAGCUCGUUUUAGGGUAUUCCAGACCCUUUUAAGAGUCGUUAGAGAGAGGGGCCCGUUGCAGUGGCUUCUGACCUCCCCUAUUUUUCCUGUCCUCCGUUCCAGAUCCUGAGCACUAAGGAGCUGCAGUAGCGUUUGGUCGGUCCGCUCUGCUCUGCCUGAGCUCCCCGCGGAGGCGCUGCCCGUCACUGUCAGUAUUCCCGAGGUUUGGAAGCCCAGACUCGAGGAUGGCAGAGUUUUCCCUCAGAGUUUUCCCUUUAGCCUCUGUCUGCAGCCACCAGGUGAAAUAGUUGGUAGUUUGCUAGUGAGGAACAUUUUUGAUGUUUGCUGGAAGCAUUAAUGUCCUGCCCAGCAGAGAGAGCACCUCGAUUUACUUUAAAGAGAUAGUUAACACAUUGCAGUUAAAAUCCUCCUCCUCCCCAGUUUUGCCAUGUGGAAUUUGGGGACUUGAGCCCUUUCUUCCAACCCUUCUCUCUCCCUGUUAUUUUUUUUAUCUAUAGUUGUUAUAAAAAGAUACUGUUUCCCUCCCAUGGUUGUUUUUCCAUGCUUUUUUUUUCAAAGUUGCUUUGCAGUGUAUGUUCAGAAGCUACUAGUUGAUCCUGUUUUAUUUUCACAGAAGCAUUCUGAUAAUUUGAAUAUUGUUUUGUGUUCACAUUCAGCAAAGAAGCACUGAGGCUCUUCCGUUUUAGA